CACUAGCUCAUUCACGCGAAAAAUCCCUUCUACUUGCAGAGUGAGUUUGCAGAAAAUCUCUCUGAUUCUCUUUCUUUGCUCAUUUGUUGCCUCAGUAGCCAGAAACUGUUUUGCGCUAUAUCUGAACCUUCUCUGCCUUCAAGUCUCUGCGAUUUCAGCUUAUGUAACUACAAGCCAUACCUACCCGUCUCUCUAUCUGAGUUCUCCAAGUGGUUGUGUUAUUGUCAGAGGGUAUUCUUUCAAUAAUGUAACUCUGAUUUUGCUGUUCUGGUUGGUUCUUUUCCCACUUUUGUUGUUGCCCAUUUGCUCAAAGGUGUUCUGAAUCAAUCCUGUUCUGGUUUCAGUCAUGGGUUCUCGCUAAUCUUGCUGCAUAGAUAGCUGUGUUCGUCUUUCUGUCAAUGCCCAUUUGCUCAUAGGUGUUCUGAAUCAAUCCUGUUGUGGUUUUAUUCAUGGGUUCUCGCUAAUCUUUCUGCAUAGAUAGCUGUGUUCGUUUCUGUCAAUGCCCAUUUGCUUUAAAUUGUUCUGAACGAUCCCAAAUGCAGUUUGUGAUAAUGGGUUCUCGUUAAUUCGGUGGUUGUUGCUCUCAUAACCUCUCAACUCUAGAGCUUGACUACGAUUUUUACCAAUUUUAGCAUGUAAAACUUAUACCAAGUAAUUGGUCCACAGCAUCCGCUGCAUUUUGUUAUUGUUGGUUUACUUUAAUGGGAACUAGUUGAUGAAUAGGAGGCCUUUUUGAUUGUUAAGAGAAUAGGAAGGUGAUGGAUCUGAUCUUCCUCACAGUCAACCGCUAGUUCUGAUCUGAGCAUAUGGAGAGUACCUGUGAAUUUCUUUGAUUCAGAACUUCCCAAUUCACUAUGAAUUCUAUUCGCUAAUAUUCUUGAUUCUCUACAAGACAUGAAUACCAAGUAGUUAGUUUCUUUAUUGACUAAUUCUUUUGUUCUUCUUCAUAGGAAUAUACCCCAGUCAUUCAUUGUAACUCACUUGAAAUGUAAAUUCUUCAACUAUGUACAGUUGUUUAUUGAUAUCACCAAGGGUCUGCUAUACUUAAUAUGUCGACAUUCUUUUCUCUGGCUUUUCUUUCAACCUCCAAUGAUGAAGAAGAAAUCUUUGCCUCUCUGCCCAUAAUUUUGCGUAUACAUACAUAUUUAUCUUCGCUUAUGCAAGUUUAGUUACCGUGUUGGCCUCUCAAGUCCCUUAAAUCUGAAUCUGACUUAAGCAUCUUCAUUCUUCAAUAUCAUAUAUUACUCGGUUUAACUUUGUUAAACAAAAACUAAAUAAGUUCUAAUCUCUUCUUGUUCACAAAGUCUUUUACUUAUUAUCAUGGAAGAAACAUUUGUUCCCUUCCGUGGAAUCAAGAACGACCUUAAAGGAAGACUUUUGUGCUACAAACAAGACUGGACUGGUGGUAUUACCGCGGGUAUCAGGAUCCUGGCUCCAACAACAUACAUAUUUUUUGCAUCAGCAAUUCCAGUUAUAUCUUUUGGGGAGCAACUGGAGAGAAGUACAGGAGGAACUUUGACUGCUGUGCAAACUCUUGCAUCAACAGCACUUUGCGGUGUUAUCCACUCAGUGGUUGGGGGACAGCCCCUACUUAUUCUAGGAGUGGCUGAGCCAACAGUGUUGAUGUAUACAUUCAUGUUCAACUUUGUAAAGGACCGGAAGGAUUUGGGGCAAAAGCUCUUCUUAGCCUGGACUGCAUGGGUAUGUGUUUGGACGGCCAUUUUGCUCUUCUUGCUGGCCAUUCUAGGUGCGUGCUCUUUUAUCAAUAGGUUUACGCGUGUUGCCGGUGAAUUGUUUGGUCUGCUAAUCGCAAUGCUAUUUAUGCAGGAGGCCAUAAGGGGAGUUGUGGAAGAGUUUGGCAUACCCCAGAGGGAAAAUCCAAAUCAGACUGCCCUCCAACUAUCCUGGCGAUUUGGCAAUGGAAUGUUUGCAUUGGUUCUGUCCUUUGGCCUUCUUCUUACUGCAUUAAAAAGCCGUAAAGCUAGAUCCUGGCGUUAUGGGACAGGUUGGCUACGGGGAUUUAUUGCGGAUUAUGGAGUCCCGCUUAUGGUGCUUGUAUGGACAGGGGUGUCUUACAUGCCUGUUAAUGAUGUCCCAAGAGGGCUUCCAAGGCGCCUUUUCAGUCCAAAUCCAUGGUCUCCUGGGGCAUACUCAAAUUGGACGGUUAUCAAGGAUAUGUUGAAUGUUCCUCCAUUAUAUAUAAUUGGAGCAUUUAUUCCAGCAACUAUGAUUGCUGUGCUUUACUACUUUGAUCACAGUGUUGCAUCUCAACUUGCCCAACAGAAGGAGUUCAAUCUGAAGAAACCAGCUUCAUAUCAUUAUGACCUUCUUCUUUUGGGUUUCCUGGUCAUAUUAUGCGGGCUCAUUGGCAUUCCUCCUUCAAACGGUGUAAUUCCACAAUCUCCUAUGCAUACAAAGAGCUUGGCUACCCUAAAACAUCAGCUUUUGCGGAAUAAGCUUGUAUCAACAGCCCGGAAAAGUUUGCGUAAGAAUUCAAAUUUGGGUCAAUUAUACCGGAACAUGCAAGAGGCAUAUAAUGAAAUGCAGACUCCACUAGCCUACCAAACUCCACCUACUCUGGGACUGAGAGCGCUGAAAGAGUCCACAAUUCAAUCGGUAUCCAGUACUGGCUACAUAGGCGCCCCUGUUGAUGAGACAGUUUUUGAUGUUGAUAAGGAUAUUGAUGAUCUUUUGCCCGUUGAAGUUAAAGAACAACGCCUCAGCAAUUUGCUUCAGGCACUGAUGGUUGGUGGUUGUGUUGCUGCUAUGCCUCUUCUGAAGAAAAUCCCAACUUCAGUUCUUUGGGGCUACUUUGCUUUCAUGGCAAUUGAAAGCUUGCCUGGAAAUCAGUUCUGGGAGAGAAUAUUGUUGCUUUUCACCGCUCCAAGUCGAAGAUACAAGGUGCUGGAGGAGUAUCAUGCAACCUUUGUUGAGACUGUGCCCUUCAAAUCAAUUGCCACAUUCACCUUGUUCCAGACAACCUACCUGCUUCUUUGUUUUGGCAUAACGUGGAUACCAUUAGCCGGGGUCCUUUUCCCUAUGUUGAUCAUGCUUCUUGUACCAGUGCGACAAUAUUUUCUCCCUAAGUUUUUCAAGGCAGCCCAUCUUCAAGACUUGGAUGCUGCAGAAUAUGAGGAAGCCCCUGCCAUUGCUUUCAACAUGUCAUUUCAAGACCAGGAUCCACAGACGAGAAUUACUAACAUUGGUAGUGGGGAAAUCCUUGACGAAAUUAUCACAAGAAGCCGGGGUGAGAUCCGCCUCACUCAGAGUCCAAAAGUAACAAGUUCGACCCCUAUGCCAGUAGACGAUAUCAGACCUGCUAAUAGUCCGCGGAUGUCGCGUAGAGUGUACAGCCCCCAUGUAAACGAACUAAGAGGGCAACAGAGUCCCAGAUUCAAGGGGACAGAACUUGAAGCAAAACAAACUCCCAGUCCCGGGCCAUCGAUUCUUGGACAUUGCCCUCGUGGUUAAUUUUCAAGCUAAGACCCUAAAUUUGUGAUUAUGGUGAGGUUAGUUGUCAAUGGUGCUCGAGAGGUCCUGUUCUAAAAUCAUGUAACCAUCUGUUAUGGUAUAGGUGUGUUUCUUUUCUAACCUGAUAAAAUGGUGUAGUUUGAUUUUCAGUACUAUUCUUCCUUGUAUCUCCCAUAUAGGGUGGACAGAGAAUAUAAGUAUGAUAAUGAAAAAAAAACAUUUCUAUUUACUUUCA